GACACAGGAGAUGGAGCAUGGGACAUGGGACACAGAAGAUGGGACAUGGGACACGGGAGAUGGGAGAUGGGAGAUGGGACACAGGACAUGGGACACAGGACACAGGACACAGGACACAGGACACAGGACACAGGACACAGGACACAGGACACAGGACAC